AUGGUAGAAAAUAAUAUAUUCGAAUUUGAGGUCGCAACUCCAUCAGGUGAUCGUUUGCAGAAGCUUAUCACCGAAUAUGUGAACAAAAAAGAAUGUCGCACGCCACCAAAUAGUUUUUUUAUAUAUCGACAGCUAUUGGUGAAAGAGUUACACUCAUCCGGUCUUAAUUUGCAAGCUGUGGAGAUCUCUCGGCUAGCUUCGAAAAACUGGAAAACAAAGCCUGCAGAUGCCAAAGUCGUGUUUCGAGAUGCAGCUCAAGUUAUUGCAAAAUCUAUGGCUAGAAAAGAAACAAGCCCUGCGAAAAAGAAGCGAAUCCUUUGGCCAGCUAUAUCCUCGGAUAUCGGGUUUUUAGGGGAGUUAACGAAUAUAAAG